AUGGCAACCGGGACUCUUUGCGAAGUUUGCGCCUCAGAGCCGUUCAAAUACCGAUGCCCUACAUGCGAGCUUAUGAGCUGUUCUCUCGCUUGCACCCGAACACAUAAAAUCUACUGUGCACCCAAAGCGCCCAAAACCUCUCAAGCGGUCGCGUAUCAAGCGGUCGCGUAUCAAGCGACCGAUACGCGACCGCUACCCGACGAAGCCAAUGGACAAGCCGUCGAUGAUGGACAUAAUUCGAACUCCCAGAAACUGGCUUCCCAGAUCAAGGACCUUUUUGAACAAUGCCCGCCGCUCCGCGACCAGCUCAAAGAUAUCUAUAAGGCUACUUUAGAGGAACAAUGGGUAGAGGGCCCUGUGCAUAAAGAUAGACCUCGACAUUUUGGAAAAUCCAGGCCACCCCCACGUUCCCGUGGACCGUGGACGCGGGAAAAAGGUUUCAAGAGGGGCUUGGGGAAGGUCCGGAAGUACAGAGAGCAAUGUGAGGACAGCUCGGAGACCGGCAAAGGUGCUGAAGGAUUCAUGCGACUGUUGGCUCUUGUGAAUGAUGGCCCUCCGCAGGAGCCUCAAUGA